CGUUUUUAUAUGAGUCGUGAUUACGUCACAGCUCGUCAUCCUAAUGAAAGAAGUCACCAGUUCCUGGUCUGGGUCCUCUGUUUUGGACCGAUGAGGCGGAGAACCGCGUGAGUUCUGCAUCAGACGGAACUAUUCACACGGUCGGAGGAAUGUCUCCUGCCAACAGACCUGCGGAGGAUGGAGGCUCCUUCUCAUCGAAGGUCAUCAGCUCUGUGUUCGUCAUCCUGCUCCUGGACCUGCUGGGAUUUACUCUCAUUUUACCUCUGCUGCCGUCCAUUCUGGACCAUUAUGCACAAUCAGGGGAUGUAGCGUACCAGUCCCUCCAGGGUGUGGUGGACUGGUUCAGGGAGGCCGUCGGAAUUCCAAUGGAACAGAAAUACAACACUGUUCUGUUUGGAGGUCUGAUCGGCUCGCUCUUCUCUUUGCUCCAGUUCUUGGCGUCUCCUCUGACGGGGGCGCUGUCCGACCGUCACGGCAGACGACCCCUCCUCAUUCUAACCACAUUGGGACUGAUGUCCUCCUACGCCGUCUGGGCUGUGUCCCGGAGCUUCGGCAUGUUCCUUCUGUUCCGGGUCAUUGGGGGCGUCUGUAAGGGAAACGUCAGCCUCUGCACCGCCGUCGUAGCCGACCUGCCGUGUCCAAAAGCACGCAACAGAGGAAUGGCGAUGAUCGGCGUUGCCUUUUCCUUGGGGUUCACCGUCGGCCCCCUGAUGGGAGCCUACUUCGCCAUCAGCUCCAGGACGUCGGGAAACGUCUUCUUCCAAACUCCGGCUCUGCUGGCUUUGGCUUUCAGCGCCGCUGAUCUGCUCUUUAUUUGGCUGAUGUUGCCAGAGACGUUACCGAACGACGUAAAGACUUCGACAUCUGGCUGUGGGGACUCCUGGGAUCUCCUCAGUCCUCUUUCUUUGUUCCACUUUUCUGCUGUUACAAGGACAAAAGAUCCUCCGUCAGAAGACCGAAUGCAGAAGCUUCAGGUGUUGGGCUUGGUUUACUUCUGCUACCUCUUCCUGUUCUCUGGUCUGGAGUUCAGCCUGAGUUUUCUGACCCACCAGCGCUUCCAGUUCACAAGCAUGCAGCAGGGAAAGAUGUUCUUCUUCAUUGGUGUGAUCAUGGCUCUAAUCCAGGGAGGGUACGCUCGGAGGAUCAAACCUGGCCAACAUAUAGGUGCUGUUCGGAAGGCGAUGAUGACGUUAAUUCCAGCGUUCGUACUCAUCGGUUUAGCGCAGAAUAUAACAAUGCUUUAUACCGGUUUGGCAUUGUACUCCUACGCUGCUGCAAUAGUUGUGCCCUGCCUGUCGACACUUGUUGCAGACCACGGUUCGGCCAAUCAGAAAGGCACCGUGAUGGGGAUCCUGCGUAGUUUGGGUGCUCUGGCGAGAGCAUUUGGCCCAGUUGUGUCAUCCUCCGUUUACUGGAUUGCAGGAGCACAGACGUGUUUUCUCAUCACGUCAGCCGCUUUUAUAAUACCUCUGAUUCUCCUGAGCAAAAACAGAAGUUUAAAGGACUGAGCUCCACAAAAACUUGAUUUGCUGCCUUAAAAGGAAACUUGUGGUGUUUGCAUUUUCUGAGAACAAAUGCUGAGUUUUUACUCUUCUUUUUUCAGUAAUCGUGUUUAUUUUAUGUGCUUUUUCUAAUGAACAUGUAUUCCAAAUAGGAGUUUAUACUGAACAUUCCUAGUGUGAGCAGGAAAUGACUGGAAAUCACUGUUUUCUGCACACGAAAACCGACCUUUUAUACACUUCUAUAUGAUCAAAUAUAAUUUUAAAAUGGUAUUUUAAGUCAAUUAAAUUUAAUAUUUCAUUUUUCUUCAUGUAAAAGUGUUUAUAAAGUAUUUUAAGCUUAAAAAAUGAACAAAUGUAUUUGUCAAAAUAAAUACCUCUCCUAAAAUAAUUAGUAAAGCUGCACCAAAAGAUUCUGACUUUUUUCACUGAGCACUGAUUGUUGGUUGUAUUUUUCUACUUUAUAUCUUGUUUUUCAACACAUGGAAUUUUCACAGAAACAUGGUUGACUCAUCUGUGCCUGAUGAAUUUAUCAAAACUAAAAAUUGCUUUAGGGAUAAUUUUUUUUAGAUUAAAUAUUAUAAAAGGAACUUCAGCUUACCUAUUCAUGAUUAUUCAAAAAUGAUAUAUAUUUUUUUGUUGUAUUUCUAGUAUUUACCCUGAAUACUUUGACCCAAAGAAACUCAAGUUUUAUUCUUUACAAAGUACAGAUUUUUAUUGUAACUGUUACAAAUAAAAAAAAUAUUGGAUUAAUAGAAACGCUCCCUCUAAAUCAGGGGUGUCAAAUAUGCGGCCCGCGGGCCGGAUCCGGCCCGCAAGUGGGUUAAAUCCGGCCUGCGAGAUGGUUGGAUAAACUUUAUUUUCAUACUUUACAAUGUGGAGUGAAAAUAAACAUAUCUUUGUGAGCAA